AUGCUCAAGUGCAUUCUACUCCUCGCAUCCAUAACAUUGGCACAGGUAGUUGCUACUUCAGACCACGAUAUAGUCGAUUCGUUUCCAUCUUCAGCGACAUAUGAUUGUUCAGGACCUUCCAGCACCAGUGAAAGCUUUAUCGACUAUGAUCACUUAGUCCACUGUAAUUCUCUGCUGCAAAGCUCUCCAGAGCUAGGGAAGGCGGCACUUGUGUUGUGUCUCGUGUUGCUAUUGUAUCUACUUAGCUCCACAGCUGAUGAGUUCUUCUGUCCAGUACUACAAGCAAUUGUCGAGAAAUACCGUAUCCCACCCCAUGUCGCAGGUGUUACGUUUCUAAGUUUCGGUAAUGGGUCACCCGACGUCUUCUCCAACAUUGCAGCGUUUGCGACUCCAACGCCAUCAAUCGGUGUCACUUCUAUCCUUGGAGGUGGUCUGUUGGUCACGACAGUCAUCACGGCGUGUGUGGGACUAGCAUCUGCCGGCCAUGAGCAAUUAAUCCCCCGUACGUUCUUACGUGACGUGAUUUUUUACUUCCUGGCUGUAUUGUAUUUAGGGAUGGUGUUUUUUGAUGGUCAAGUGGAAUUGCCCGAGGCGGUGGGGUUUCUAUUUAUCUACUUUGUCUACGUGCUGGUGGUGUUUUCUGACAAGUACUUGGCAGCUUAUUGCUUCCCGUGCAAAGUGCACACAGAGGAUUUAAUGUACUCUGUACUGGACGAUGAGGAGGAUAUUCAACAUUGUCCGUCGUCUACAGCGAGUGAAAAGAGUUCAGCAAUCACUUUGUUGUCGUUUCCAGUGCAUGUUGAACAGACCCAAGAACAGCAAAAGCGUCGUCCUUAUUUUAAAAGCCAGACGAUUCCUGUGUACGAAACCUUCGUGCGAACACAAAUUUUCUCGGAUUCAGAGCAGUCGGAACCGUCCCCACGCUUUCUCGACCGCAUGCAAUAUCGCAAGAAUUCUGUACCUACGCCGCGUUCAAUUCCCUGCAUUAUCGAUGAGUUUGGACCACUUAGGCGGGACGAGGGACAGUCUUUGCUGGAAGUCACAGAUGUUCACCUUAAACGCCCUACGUCAAUGUGCGUGGCUUCAAUGCAAGAGUCACUGCGUCGGAUGAGGCGACAAAGACGUCGACGCAAAACGGCUUGGGAGUCACUGGAGUCAAGCGCGCAUUUCGGAACAAUGGCACGACGUUGGACGCGUGGGUAUCACGCCUUGAGUGAUAUCGAUGAGUUUUCUUCUUUCCUUGAAUUGUUUGGAGAUGUUGGUACCGAUUCUGAAGAGAAUUCGGAAAUGUCUGAGGAGGAGGUCAUAGGAAAGGAGCUGGAAGCGAUAUUACUUGCGGCAGAAAAUGAGCAGUUUGCUUUAGAGGCAAUCAUGGCUGUUUCCUCUAUCGAUUACGCCAAGGUGAAAGCUAAACGAUGCUGGAGGCUGACUGUUCGAUCAGUACGAUGCGUCUACCGGUCCAUCGUACGGGUCGUAUGGAACCCGUUUGCGGUGUUCACCGUGUUUGUGCGUCGCCUGACUAUUCCUCUCGUGGACGAGGAUACCUGGGACAAAAACUUGGUUGUUGUUUGUCCACCUUUCGCGAUGUUGCUGUUUGGCAUUUCGGUCUUUUCGUUCAGCAUUGAAGAUCCUGUUUUUCUAAUGUCGGUCGUAGUAGCUGGUGGAACGAUGAGUUGCAUUCUUGAGCACACCACGUCGCCACUUGCGCCACCGGAAGGCUUGUUCCUGGCACCUUUUCUUGGUGUGGCUUUUAUCAUGUCCAUCAUUUGGAUCAUGAAUAUCGCGAACGAGGUGCUUACUCUCUUGGAGACGUUGGGAGCGCUUUUUGGCAUUCCAAGUUCGGUGUUGGGGGUGUCGGUUCUAGCAUGGGGUAACUCCAUAGGUGACCUUGUGUCAAACAUGGCUAUUGCGCGCGACGGUUUCCCCACUAUGGCAUUCGCCGGCUGCUUUGCUGGGCCCAUGUUCAAUCUCCUUGUUGGUAUCGGGCUGUCCCUUACCAUCGCCAUUAUUUCGCGCGGUCCUAUAACUAUGGCCAAGCCGUCGCCCCUGGCGUACUUGGGCUUUGGGUAUCUUCUUCUGAGUCUACUGCUGAAUAUUGUGAUUGCAUCAUAUGACGGCUUUCGAUACCGCCCGCAACUUUGCUACACCCUACUGGCGCUGUACGCCUCAUUUGCCGUUCUCUCCAUUGCGCUUGUGAUCCAUUACCCUGACGAGUAA